GGGGGCGGAGCAUUAUCUUAUUCCCUAGAAAAAAAACAACCUACUGGUACAAGCCAGUUUUUCCGUCGACAAUCACACCCAUUUACGCCUAAUUUGUUAUUUUAGCACAGUAUUCGGACUCGACCCUUUGUGUUGAAGGGUGUAAAAAAAGAAGAGAUGAGUGAAGCCGAGCAGGUGCUUGAGGGCGCACCUGCUAACCUCGAUGAGUCAGGAGAUUCAGACCCCCUCAAAGAACACCCACCGACUCAGACGGGCAUUCUGGGCAGGGUGGCGGGGGGCAUGUAUGGCGCCACCAAGGGGGCUUUAGGAGCUACCGUGGGCACCUUGUCCUGGAUAGGAGGAAAAAGCCUGGAUCUCACCAAGACGGCCGCCAGCACGGUGGCCGCCGCGCCUGCCGCCGGCGUGGGCUUAAUCAAAGGAGGAGUGUCCGCCGUCGCCGGCGGCGUGACGGCCGUCGGUUCUGCCGUGGUCAGCAAAGUUCCAAUCGGAGGAGGCAAAAAGAAGGACAAGUCCGACUGAGGAGAGGAAAUUAAAAGCACACUGCCGGUGUGAGUUCGCUUGCCGGGUCGCAGCAGGAGGUGAUAAGCAACACGGGACUCAAACAAUCGAUGUGAAUGUGUUCUUUGCUGUUUAUAUUCGCAUACUGGUCAAGAUAAUGACGUGUUCAGAAACUCCAAAUAAGAGACUGCACUUAUUUUUUCUGUGAGGAACAUUUCCCUUCUCACCUGUGCGUCAAGUGGUCCAAUAAAAUGUCCGUGUCUGAUUUUGAUUACAAGCCUCAGGACUGUUUUCACUGCGGGCUGCACAAGCCAAGCCCUAAAUGCACUUGAGUAUCACCAGCGAGACAAUCGGCCAGGAAUACCAUUCUAUAAUAAUUGAGCAUCACAUUUUUUGUUCAAUUUGUUUACUUAUAUCAAGUCAUGCACUCCCAAUUAAAAAAAAAAAAAACAUUCCGGCAAAUUUUUGAGGCAACUAAACUUUAUUAGCUCUACAGAUGAAUUAAAUUUGACCAGCUUCUUGUCCGUGCUCAGCAAGAUGUGUUGAUGUGUGCGUUCAAAUCUUACGAGAGCGUAAAGCACACCUGAAAAGUCAUCAAGGUGUUUGUUUUAUUCACCCCCAACUUUUGGUGAGGAAUCUAAGUUCACUCCCCCCCCCCUAAAAAGAUCCACAAAUAUAUCUGAAGAGCUGAAAUCAGAUUUAAAAUCAACAUUUGAAUGUCAAACCAACACUGAACUCAAAUGUACCAGCGCCUCAAGUUUGGCUUUCAGGGUCGUCGUUCAUGUUUACUCAUGAGACGUGAAUGCAUUUUUUUUAUUAUUAUGGCAAUUAUCUGUAAAGUGUUAACUUGUCAUGUUAGUAAAACUCUUCUGACUACCUUUGAAUAAAGAAAUUGUAAAUAAUA